CCAUCUUCCUGUCCGCAUCACAUUCACCUGCGGUCGGUGUCCUCCUCCUGCCGUCUGCGUCGCACUUCUCCCUUCGCAUCAUCCUGCACUCCUUUGCAUCGCCCACAUUCACCAUGGUCAAGCUCCUCUCUGCCUUUGCUCUCGUCCUGGCCUCGGCCGUCUCGACCUUCGCCUAUCCCACCGGCGCCGGCACCUGCGACGCCGAUGCCACCACCAUCCAUAUGGGCAUGGGCUUCACCCAGAGCCCCUCGGGCUUCAGUCUCUCGGCCUCCUCGGGCCAAUACACCCCUGGUUCGCCCAUCACCAUCACCGUCCAGGGCAGCGGUACCUUCAAGGGUGUGCUGCUCUAUGCCACCCUCGAUGAUGGCACCACCCGUGUCGGCACCUGGCAGAUCGGCAGCGGCUUCCGCUCCAUGCCCGAGUGCACUGGCAGCGAUCCCACUGCAUGGCUGACCCAUUCCACCGCCGAUAUCAAGAACGCCGGCACUACCUUCACCUGGAACCCGCCUGCGUCUGUCAGCGGCAACAUCCACUUCCAGGGCGCCAUCGUCCCGGGCAUGCCCAACUUUGACAUCUUUACCUCAAUCGUUCUCACCCCCGCUGCUGCUCCGGCCCCUGCCUCUGCCCCUGCCGGAGCUUCUUCGGCUGCCAGCUCUGGUGUUGCCCCCAUUGCCACCUCGGCCGGUGCCCCUACAUCCGCUGCCUCGGCAGCUCUGACUACCUCUGCAACUCUGCCCACUGCCUCUGCCAACUCGUCGUCUGUUCAGGUUUCAAGUAAGAUAUUUCUUUGACGCGGCUGGGUCUGGCAAAUUGGCUUGGAAAGACGGCAUCGAUAAUCGGCGCCCUCGUGCGAUGCGGUGCGAUGUGCCCAGAACAUGCCUGG